GUCGAAAAGUUGUCAAUUUCUGGACUGUUUAUUUGUAAUAAAACGUUAAUAUCAAUAAGCUGCAUCCAAAAUUGCCAUUCUUUGGGGAGUCAUAACUUGGUUAAUUAUCCAUCAAAUCUAAAGUUUCUAAUCUUGAUUUCCUAUUACAGAAGGAGUUUCACAAAAUUUAGUAAUUAGUCGGCAAGAAAACAUUUAAUUUAUUUAGAUAUUAAAGUAAAAUCGCAGGAGAUAUUUUUAAUAAGGUAUAAAGUAAUUGAGAAAAGAAAUCAAUCAUCAUAUUCAUGUAUUGUGUUUGUGUCCUCACUCAUUUAAUGCUCCAACUUCCAAUUCUCUCACAGUUAGUUUCUGCGCAUCGUCGCCACCACCACCUAUGGCGGCGGCGUCUUCACUCUACGUGCUCCACAGUCUCCUCACGCGCCGCCGCGACUCGGCCCAUCCAGUCCCCGCUCUCAAAUCCUUCUUCUUUUACAUGCCCACAACCUUAGCUCUCGCCACCUCUCUGCUCAUUCUGCUCUACAUCUCCUCCACUUCUAAUCUCUUCUUCAUUCACCCCCACCAUAUCCCCUUAGCCCACCCCAAAAUUGGGGCUUCACUUAAUUUUUCCCAAUUUCCUCCUCUCAAAUUUGCUGAUUUUGCCGAAAUUCAGACACCGGAUGGAGCUAUUCGAGAGGCUGAGGAUCGGAUUGAUUUCAGACUCCAAAUGGGCCUUCAUGGUAAUGACAAAGAGCUGUUCCAUGACAGAGAUGUCUUCCUUGCAAACUACAAGGAGAUGAAUAGAAGCUUUAAGAUUUAUAUCUAUCCACACAGGCAAGAAGAUCCAUUCGCUAAUGUGCUCUUGCCCGUGGGUUCCGAACCUGGUGGUAACUAUGCCAGUGAAAGCUACUUCAAGAAGGCUCUUUUGAGUAGCCAUUUCAUCACGGAGGACCCUUCUGAAGCAGAUUUGUUCUUUUUACCCUUUUCUAUUGCGAGGUUGAGGCACGAUCCGCGUGUGGGUAUUAAUGGAAUUCAAGACUUCAUCAGAGAUUAUGUUUUCAACAUUAGUCAUGAGUAUUCUUAUUGGAAUCAUAGUGGGGGUGCCGAUCAUUUUUAUGUUGCUUGCCACUCGAUUGGUCGUUCUGCCAUGGAAAAAGCUGAAGCGGUCAAGUUUAAUGCCAUCCAAAUUGUGUGCUCGUCAAGCUACUAUGUGUUUUCCUAUGUUGCUCACAAAGAUGCAUCACUGCCACAAAUUUGGCCUAGACAAGGCGAUCCUCCAAAUCUUACACGUGAAAGGUCAAAAUUAGCAUUUUUCGCUGGAUCAAUAAACUCGCCAGUGCGCGAGAAGCUGCUUCAAGUGUGGCAAAAUGAUUCGGAUAUAUUAGUCCACUUUGGUCGGCUCAACACGUCCUACUCAGACGAGCUUCUAGGAAGCAAAUUUUGCCUUCAUGUGAAAGGAUUCGAGGUCAACACAGCGCGCAUUGGUGAUGCACUAUACUACGGUUGCGUCCCUGUAAUAAUCGCCAAUCACUAUGAUCUACCUUUUCAGGAUAUACUCAACUGGAAAAGUUUUUCAAUCAUUGUUGCAACGUUAGAUAUCCCUCUUUUGAAGAAAAUCCUCAAAGCUGUAAGCGUCCAAGAGUAUUCGAUUCUACGAAACAAUGUGUUGAAGGUAAGGAAACAAUUUCAGUGGAAUGUUUCUCCUGUUGAUUGUGAUGCUUUUUACUUGGUUAUGUAUGAAUUAUGGCUUCGGCGAAGUUCCUUAAGAGUUAAAUCCUAGUUGUUUUUUUUUUUUUUUUUUGUAGAUUAAGUUCCACAUGCAUGUAGUAUAGUUGCCAUUUAUAGAAAGUUUUAUGCUAUGUAUAGCUUUUCAAUUUACCAUUACAGUAGCUUUAAGCUGCGUCUGAAUCCUAUUUAAAGGAAAAUCCAUAAUUAGGAAUUUCUACUUGUAGAAAGUGUUUAUGGAUCGUUCGAAUUUCAUCAAGUUAUAAUUAUGUUUGACCUUUCA